UGUUGUAUGUUGACUUUCAAUAGUUGAAGACUGCUUGGUUUUUAGCUUUUGUAUUUGUGAAACUGUGCUGAAAAGUAUGUUAGAUACUGCUAUUUGAUACACAUAGUAUGUGUAUAAUACUUGGCUGGAGUUCAGUAAUUUGAAAUGUAGAAAUCCCCCCCCAAAACAUUGCUAAUGAACAGCAAAAUGCACUUUUAAAUUGACAAAAUUCUGUACAAUUAUUGCAUUACCUAAUGAAAAUAUUGACUGCACUCCAUAUUAUGUAUUUUUCAGACUGGUAGUUUUGUAUGGUACUAAUGAUAAACUUUAAUAAAAUUGUUAAUUUUUAAGUUGUCAAAAUGCCUGACAUUUUUCCCCAAAUUAUUUUGACAAAAGCAAUCCCUUGCUCAGAAGCCAAUUGAGUGUAAAUGUUGGGAGAAUUGUGACAUCUACUGUCACAACAUGGUCAUACAAUCUAUGAUUUUCCUCACUGUAACCUUGGCAAUUGUCUAUGUAGUUAAGACACGUGAUGGACUGUUAUGUACUGCUAUUUCUCUAAUGUUGUGACUAUAUACAUUAUUAAUGAUCUAUUAAUGUUAAUUCAGUCAAUCAAGAAUGAUUCUACUCUGGCCUAAGUUUGAAGUUUGUUCUUAUUCCUGUUUUGCCUACCAAUUUGUCCCUGUAUAAGAAGUGUCUGAAACGAUGAUAUGGCUGUUGUGAGAUGUCCAAUGAGAGAGUUUGGUCAGAAGAAUCCAUCUCAUCAUCACAGCUAAGGAUGAUUGUUGUAGUCAUUGGUGGAAGGAGCUCCAACCCACUCACUCUUCAAAUUGGUCACAGUGUUGUCUGAGGGAAAUGUUAAGGAAGGCUCUGGCUUCAUUACCUGUAAGCAACAUGAAGUUUGCAUCGGUGUUAGUCCUUCUUUUUUUCUGCUCUACUUUCAAGAAAUCCCAUGGAAAGUCAAAGCCCAAACCGGGCUGUGAAUACCCCCCAUCUCAGUGGUGUAGGAGUUUGGAAAUUGCAAUAGAAUGUGGGGUUCAGAAGCAGUGUCUGGAGCUCAAUGCCACCAGGCCCAAUUCAGCAGUACCCAGAGUUGAGGUGACCCUGUACUAUGAGAGCCUGUGUCCAGGCUGCAGGGUCUUCCUCACCCAGCAGCUCUUCCCUACCUGGGCCAUGCUCCAUGAUAUCAUGGAGGUAAAACUGGUGCCCUACGGCAAUGCGCAGGAGCUUCCCUCAGGGAAUUCUCCCUUCACCUGUGAACAUGGGGAACCAGAGUGUCAUAGCAACAUGAUUGAGGCAUGUAUUCUACAUUCAGUGGGUCUGUACUCUGCCUUCCCUGUCAUUGACUGCAUGGAAUCUGCAGCAAAUGUUCUCGCCGCCGCCCAACCUUGCUUACAGCUACACGUCCCCUCCAUGACGUGGGACAGUGUCACAACCUGUGUUAAGGGAGAGCUCGGACUCAAACUUAUGCAUGAGAACGCCCUGAAGACCAAUGCUCUCAGUCCAGCCAAAACGCACGUUCCCUGGGUGACCAUUAAUAAGGAAUACACAGGUGACUUUCAGGACAAAGCAAUGUCAUCACUUUUUAACUUGGUCUGCAAGAUGUAUAAGGGAGGAAAGCCCCCUGCCUGCACCGGAGCACAGAAGAAACUAGACAGGAGUCUGUGCUGAAACCAGCAGUCAUUCUGCAAGCCAUUCAUGUUUUCAAAGUUUUCAAAGUACCAGUUUCUCUCAUUCUCUUGAAAGACAAUGCAAGUCCAACAUAAAUCAUAAGUCGCUCAUUUCUUUACUCUUGUUGCUGAAAUGUAUUGUAAUACUUGUUAUUCUGUGUGAUACUGUGUCAAAUAACUCCAUAUGUAUUGAUAAUUUAACCCAAUGCUAACAAGUUAUGGUUCCA